UGCAACUCGAAUUUAUCAGUCGACCGUGUGCGGUUUGAAGUGAUCUAGUUCGUCAGAAAACACAGACCACGUUCACAAUGAAUCCGAUGGUGGUGUUGUUCGCUCUGUUCGCCGCAGCUUGCGGCUCGCUGGUGCCGCUGGCGCAGCCCGCGCACCACCCCGCGCUCGUGCUGGACCCGCACGGCCGCCCCCUGGACACCGCCGAGGUCAUCGGCGCGCGCGCCCUGCACCUGCAGGCCAAGGCGCUGGAGCACUCCUACGCCCCCGUGGCCCACGCCGCCGUCGUCGCCCCCGUCGCCCACAGCGUGUACGCCGCGCCCGUGGCCCACUCCGUGCUCGCGCCCGCCGCCGUCUCCCACCAGUCCCGCGUCGACGUGCACUCCAGCCCCGCUGUCGUGUCGCACGCCGUGCACGCGCCCGUGCUCGCGCACGCCGCCUACUCGCCCCUGCUCGGCCACUCCGCCUACGGCCUCGCUGGACACGGCCAUCUGCUGAAGAAGCGCUCCCUGGCCCACGUCGCCUACAGCGCCCCCGUCGUCGCCGUCGCUCCCUCCGCCGUCUCCCACCAGUCUCGCGUUGAUGUCGUGUCCAGCCCUGCUGUGGUGUCCCACGCUGUCGCCGCCCCCGUCGUUGCCCACGCCGCCCCUAUCGUCGCCCACGCCGCCCCCGUCGUCGCUGUGGCUCCCUCCGCCGUGUCCCACCAGUCCCGUGUUGAUGUGCGCACCAGCCCCGCUGUAGUGUCCCACUCCGUGGUCGCCCCCGUCGCCCACAGCGUGUACGCCGCUGCCCCCGUCGCCCACAGCGUCUACGCCGCUGCCCCUGUCGCGCACGGCGUGUACGGUGCCGGCGCCUACGGUCACGGUGUGGUCGCUCCCCUUGCCCACAGCUCUGCCUACCAUCAUGCCUCUCCCUUGGUCCAUGCCUGGUGAACAGCGAAUCUGACGAACCUAAGAACUUAGUGAAUUGUAAAAAUGUAAAAAAAAUAUUUAUAAAUAAAAUAUGUGAAAACCAUAA